AAUGCAAAGAGCAUUGGAAGCUCUAACUGGUUCUAUGAAAGUUGAAGAAACUAUAACUCGGGAAAAUUCCGGUGAUGGAGUUUGGAACAACGAAGCCGCUCUCGAUCUUUCAUCUCCAAGGAAAAUUGAAUCUAGUAUUCCCACCACACCAUUUGUUCCUUUUCUGCAUCCACCUUUUAGUUAUUAUAAUUCUUUUGGAUUGGGCUUCCAUCCAUAUAUAUUAAAUUAUAGUAAUGUAGCAGAAAAGCAAAAGGACGACAAAAGCUCUUCGGACACCGAUUCUGAAAUCAACAUAGAGGAUACAGAUUCAGAGGAGGAAGAAGAAAAAAAAGAGAUCAAGGAAACUAAAAAGCCAACUAAUUUCAGUAUAGAAAAUCUUAUCAAACCUUCACCAACUACAACCUCUUUACCAUUUACUCAACCUUCAUUUCCGACCGUACCUCAUCAUCAUUGGUCCAAUACUUGGAUGGGACGUCGCUCACGUGAUCCUAAUAAACCCGCUGCUGUUAAAAAAUACAAAUGUGACAGAAUUCAUACAGGAGAAAAACCUUUUGCUUGUGAAAUUUGCGGUCGAGCAUUUAGACAACCUGGAAACUUAACAAGACAUAAAUUAACCCAUACAACUGUUAAGCCGUAUGUUUGUCCAGUUUGUACAAAAGCAUUUAAUAGGGCAUCAAAUUUGCACACUCAUAUGCGAACUCAUUCAAAUUAUCGACCCUUUGUUUGCACGUUCUGUGGCAAAACUUUUCAUCAGAAAAUAGAUAUGAAGAUACAUUCGUAUACUCAUACUGGAGAAAAACCAAAUAUUUGCCCAAUUUGUGGAAGAACUUUUAGUCAAUUGGCCCAUUUAAACUAUCAUAUGAAAAUUCAUGAUUCCAAGUCAAGCUGCAAAUUUUGCGGUAUUAAUUUAGAAACCACGGAUCUUUUAGAAAAACAUAUUCAACAGCAGCAUGGUGAAGAAUCUGCAGCAGGAUCAAGUGAAUCAAAAAAUUAA